AUGCAUAUGCCUACAUGGAAUGUUCAGCUAAAACUAAAGAAGGUGUACGUGAAGUCUUUGAAGUCGCUACAAGAGCUGCCUUACGGAGAAAAAAGAAAGGACCUGCUUGCAGUAUUAUGUGAUGCAAACGUUACUCUAGCGAAUGUCAGGAUAGGGAUGUUGAAAACCUUUGUUCAAGUCCUAUUUUUGUUUGAGAAGCCCAUAUAA